AUGGCGGACUCCUCGCCGGAGGAGGGAGUUGUGGUAGCCAACCGCCAACAUUACGCCAGCGUUUCCACCGAAGAGUUGGCUACUAUGUACGACGACUUGAUACAGCAGCCACACGAUUCGAAUUCUGCUCCAGAAAACAUAAAUGACGCGGAAGAUGAGGCACGUGUUAACGCCGAGGAAGGGACCACCGCUAAUGUGCAAAACGUAAACGCUGAAGAUGAAUGUAGCAUUAUCGAGAAUGAUAAACAUGUGAACAAUGCAGAAAAGGCAGCAGAUUCUGGCGAGCACGAUAUUUAUAUCAUCCCGCCAGAUACCCGGCGAUAUGACUCUACUGAUCUUUCGUCGAGGGGACCGCCAACAUUUGGCGAUUCGGACAGGUUCAUGGGCAGAUCAUAUGACGAUGAGUGGAGUCACCCCCAACCAUUCGCGAACUUGUCGAACAACAAUAUGGUGGUUAGGAAUAUCAGGCAGGACGCGAGGGAUGCAACCCUAAGCUUCGGCUACGACGAGACACAACAUUUCGCCGCGCCGUACCCUGAAGUAAUAGAGGCGGUGAAUUACUACAUGCCCUCACCUCAGAAGCACCGCCGUGACACGCCGUUAUAUGGGGACAGCGAGAGGAGGGCGACAUACACAAUGGGCAACAUGGGCGGGGACACUACCACAUCCACGCAUAGCAGGUACAGCAACGAUGAAGACGACCCCGCAGUAUGCGAGAGGUACAUGGAUGAUGGGAGCAAUAGCCCCGUAUCGCCCGGCACUGGCGUUCGAAGUACCAGAUCCCGGACGCGUAAUGUUCAUCGCAGGGCAGUACGAAACACAUCUCCAGCCUCCGAAUGCGCGCAAUCUUCGGACUCCGACUCUAACGACGGCACGUCAGCGUCGUUCCAACGUACCGGGCUAUUUGAAGUCCCGCUGAACGUCUGUUCCAUGUCACGGAUCAUUGACCCAUUCAAGGGCUUCUCAAAAGUACACACGGCACGUGCGGUGAAGCUUCUCCACUUUACCAAGAAAGGAGACCGUACACUAUGUAGCCUGGUAAAAUCAGCGGCCAAAAUUAUACAGACUCAAGUUAAAGAUUUGCAAGUUGUGACAAUUGGCGUAUGUGGAGAUGCGCGAACUGGAAAGAGUUACCUGGCUAGCAUGCUGGUAAACAAGCCUACCAAAUCGUUCCGGUGCUCGGAGGCUUAUUCCGCUAAGGAAGCCAUGAACCAAAUGCACCAACCGCCAGAGGGAGCUGUAUGGGCAUAUGUGGGUGUUUAUCAGGAAAAGUAUGCGUACAUAUAUCUUGAUAUCGACGGGUUUGAAAACCACCAAGCUCAGCGCAUUGACAUGAUCAAGUUUGUGCUAUUGUUGAGUAACUGUGUGAUAUGCAACGUUGCUAAUCCGCCGAGGACGGGGAUUUACGAUAUGGUGCGUGCAAUGAUAGACGUUGUCAAACAUGACCGAAUGAGCUUUGAAGAAGAUAUAGGUUCAAUAGAAAUGCAGGAAACAAUAGAGGAAUUCAGGAAGAAGACGUCGUUUUUACUGAACGAACAAAACAUUCUGUCUAAAUCGUUCGAUUCAAAAGAGCACGAAACCAUCGAUGCCAAUGAAGAGGUGCGUUCCGACGCGGGUGAAGCCAACCUUUGGAAAGCUCCCAUUGUCCAUUUCGUUUUCAGGGACAGUGAGGGUCACGUGAAAUGCAUGGAUGAACGCCUUUACACCCCGGAGACGCUGGUGGAGCAGGGAAUAUUCGAGCACUAUGCCAAUAUCUUCAACUGUGCUCGUAGAGAUAGGGGCAUGGAUUUCAAAAAUGACAUGUUGGACGCAUUUGAAAUCUUCACGAAUAGGAAAUACACCUCUCUGCCGUGCCCCGUUGUUGCUCCAAAAUCAUUGAGCAUGCCGGAUCACUCCGCCGCGCUAAACGCGAAGCAUGCCCUAAAACGCAUAUUUGCCACACUGCUCGCGCCUGCAAACGCGGACAUAAUGUCGGCGGAUGUGGCGGUGGGAUCUAAGACGCGCCUCAUCGGAGCUAAUGCACCGACCGGCCAACCAAAUAUUAGCAGCAUACCCAACCACCUGCUGAAUCCACAUUUUUGUGAGCGACUGGAUGAAGUAAAGGCAUGCGUUUAUCAAGACACAUUAUCACAUGUGCAAUCCUGUAUGCAACUGAAUGGCGGCAUGUUCGUAAACUACUUGAAGCAACUGAUUGCCCACUUCAACAUGCAUGGUAUGAUCAAGCUCAGGGAUGCCAAGGCAAUCGUACGGGAUGUGCGUGUAAAGGAGAAUGUAAACAUUAGUAGAGACGUUAUUGUGCAGUUCUUCAAGGGUCUGAAACAUCACGUGGUUAUGCAACUGCCGAUAGAGCCGAGAGUGCUGCUGUCACGCUGUAUGCGUCUGAAGCAAAAAAGCCUGCACGAGUUCCAGACACGUGUUUUAGGCGAUAAGGCGCUAUACCGCGAGCAGUACGAGUAUCUUGAAAAGUCACUCGACGGCCUAAUAGAGAAACUGGAAGCCAAAAACGACAAAAUCGCAAACGACGCCGCGGUGGCCAUGUUUGACAGGUGUGCCAAGAGUUUGGACGAAAAGCUCACCUCAGAGCAGUACACAUACGAUGAGCUGCUAGUUGAUAUAGCCAAAAUGCGUAAAUUGUUCCUGGAGAAGUUCAAGGGGCACAGCGAAGUAACUGAGAAGGUCUUUCCACAGUUAACAAGGCAGCUUUACCGUCGGUAUGAAGAACAUCACCCGAAGACUCCUACUCCAAAUAUGGCGCUGAUAUCUAAGCGGCAGAUAAUUUAA